AUGCAAACCAGUGAAUGUAAAGUUAAAGGUCCAAUCCAAGAAGGUUGUGCCUCUGGAUGUGAAAAAAGCUGGAGUGCCUACCAAGCAUGUUCAGGUCGUGUUGCCAAAUUAGAGCAUGACGAAAAAGCAAACUGUUUAGGUCAAUUUUUAGAACAUGUUCAAUGUAUUGAUAAAUGUGUUGGACCAAAAUUAUUUGCUCAAUUAAAGUAA